AGUGUCUAUUGCAGGUGAAAAUAUUGAUGGAAUUUGUUAUAUAAGAUUGAUAGAUGAUAUUUAGCAAGCCAAUAUAUAACUAAUAUUUGUUGCAAUAGAGUAUUCUAAAAUUUUACAUAAACGAUAAGUAAUAUAUAAAAUUAUAUUUGAUUCCCUAUGACGUAAACAAUCCUUAAAUGAUUCCAGAAAAAUUAUUGGAAAAAAAUAAGCAAAUUCAACUUACAUUAGAUUCUCCUAGAAAUUUUAAACAGACUUAAAUAAAUCCUAAAAAAAAAUAUGAAUUGCAUAAUGGAACUAUGUUAUAAAUUACAAGACAAUAUGGUGUUAAUGAAGAUUAUAUUCAUAUCUAAGAUCUUUAUAGAGGAUAUAUAAAAAGUGGAGAUUAUUAGCUGCCGUUUUAAGUACCAACUAAAUUUGGUAUGAAUUCCAGUUUUUAAUAUAGAAAUUUAGAUGGUAUGAUAAGUAUAAUAAAUUUAGGAUUUUAAUAGGCUAAAAUCUAAUAUAAGAUCUAUUUGAAAAUCAGUGAUUCAUAAUCAAAUUAAGUCAUAAUAUAAAAGAGCAUUCCCAUUUAUCUUAAUAGUAGAUAUAAAUUAAUUGAAUAAAAAAGAGAGAGUGAAGGAAAUAUUGUUUAAUUUUUCUGUCUUCAUAGGGGUAUGAUAGAGUUAAGUAUCAGAACUGCUAGAAAUCUUUAUAAGCCAGGAGAUGUUUUGGAAUUGGAAUAUAUUUUAAAUACUACUAGAUCUUAAAGAUCAAUAACUAAAGUGGAAGUGAAAUUAAAUCAUUUUUUAAGUUUAACUGAUGAUGAUGAAAAUGAGAGAGUAAUAGAAAAUAAUACAUUAUAUACUAAUGUUUUGCCUGGUAUUUCUCCAGGAAAGAGAAGUGAUGGCUUAAAAAGUUUAAUUACACUUCCUAAUAAUUUGACUGCAACUGUCAAAAUGUAGUUUAUUAAAAAUCAUUACAUCUUAUUAGUAUAAGCAUUUGCUGUAAUAAAAUAAUAUAUUAUAUAGGAUGGAUUGCUAACUUCUUUGGCUAUUCCAGUUAUCUGCUAAAUUCCUAUCAUAAUUUUGGAGAGUAGAAAAGAGGAGAAACCAAUUCUUAAUGAAUGGAAAUUUAAUACUUAAUAAUAAUAAAAUAAUAAUUCAUUUUACUAAUUCACAUGUUAGUAAUAGUAAUUAUUUAAUUGA